AUGUCCAUUACAAAUACAAUUGAUAUUAAAAAAGCGAAAUUAAACAAUACCACUUCUCCAAAUCAAUUCUCUUCGGAUGAUCCAACAACUUUAAAUAUAACAACAAGCAAUACAACUUCUCAUCAAAAUAUUCAUAUAACUCUAUCUAUUGUGGAUAGUAAACCAAAUCAAAUUAUGACAGAAGAAGAAGAAGACGAACAAGAAGAAGAACCAGAGAAAAUCAAUUUCGACAAUGAACAAGACUUAAAUGAAAUUCUCAAUAAAGCAAGAGAUGAAGAAAUGCAACAACUUUCUCAAUUCAUUACAGAUCAAAAACCUAUCGAUGAUGAAGUUGCUCAAGUGAUGAUCAGUCAAUUAGAUCUUACAUUGAACCAAAUGAAAGCAAGAACAUUAAUUAACGUAAAUGAUAACAACAAAGAUCAACAACAAAUUUUAACAUCACCAUCCAUUAUUACAGUUAUAACAACACAACAUUCAUAUCCACCUAUGAAUCAAACAGGUCAGAUAAAAGAUCAUGAUCGUCCUUAUGCUAAAUAUGGUCAUCUUAAUCGACAAAUAAUUGCACAAGAAUGUAAUUUUAAUCUUCAAUCUUCACCUACCUCAUAUAUUCCUCGAUUACAUGGAAAAUCAUUUGCUAUUACAUCAAUGACAAAUGUAUCAAAAGAACUUGUUAUGAAGAAAAUCAAAGAAGAAUUUGGUAUUGAAAAUAUUCAAUAUAUUUGUAUUGGUGAAGAAAUUAGUGAAUUAAAUCAUCAACAACAUUUACAUAUACAAAUUAUUUUUAAAGAAACAAUUGAUCGAAGAAAACCAUUUCUUGAUGAUACAACACAAACACAUUGUAAUUAUCAAGUAACACGCAAUGAUCUAGCUUGGAAUGAAUAUAUUAAAAAAGAUGGUAAUUGUAUUGAAUUUAAUGAAUUUAAAUCAACAACAACACGUGGUUCAAAACAAUGGCCAUCAUUAUCAUCAUCACCUUCGUCAAGAUCACCACGGUCUCGAUCACCAUCUACAUCUAGUACAAGAACAACAUCACCUGUUACGACAACGACAAUGAAUCUUCCUCCUGCUCCUGCUCCUCCUCCUCAUCCAUCUGUAGUACCAAAGGCAACAACUGCAAAAGCUCAAGCAGAAGAAAAACGUCAACAUCAACUUGAAAUAUAUAAACAAGCAAUUAAAUUAGCUGAAAACAAUGUUGAUCAUGCUAUGGAUCUCAUUAAACAAGAAAUGAUUGGCAAAUUUGUUGAACGUGGUAGCUGGUAUUUAGCAAUAUUCAAUUAUGUUCAUUUACGAGCACAACGUGAAGGUGAUCAAAGAGGUGAAAUUGAUAAAGAUUAUAUUUGGCCUCAUUCAUUUCCACAUUGUACACCACAAUUACGUGAAGCUAUGAAUUGUUGGAUCAAAGAAGAAUUUAAUCGUUCAUCACGUGCAAAAUGUCUUAUUAUAAUUGGACCAACUAGUACAGGAAAAACAUCAUUUGCAAUGUCAUUACCUGGUCGUGUUAAUUAUUUUCAAGAACGAUGGAAUUUAGAUGCAUGGAAUAAUUAUGCUCGAUAUUCAGUUUAUGAUGAUAUUCCAUGGGACGAUUUUAAUAAACUUAAUUUUCCUAAUAAAAAAAAUUUACUAACACAAAAAAAAAUAUAA